AUGGCCGCCGAACCUCCUACUCUCUCUACUAUACUGACAAGCUUCCUGAACGAAGCCAAAACCGCCGUCCUCCUAACAUACAACCAGCCCAAGAUUUCCAACGCCUUCACCAUCGCGCAAUAUCACGACCUCGCUGCCGCUCUCACCUGGGCCAAACAUCACCCCACUAUCAUCACCAUCGUCCUGACGGGCGCCGGGAAACACUACUGCGCUGGAAAAGUCCUCUUGUCGCCCGAUGAAGGUGGGCCUACCAUAGCAGAGGAGAUCGCCGCCGGCAGCGCGCUUGGAAACGUUAUACGGAACUACCCCAAAGUCCUCAUCGCGGCCGUCAACGGCGCCGCCAUUGGGUGGGGGUGCACGCAAUUGUGGAAUUUUGACCUGGUGUACGCCUCCGAAAGAGCGUUCUUCCAGACGCCAUUCACGAAAUUGGGCUUCGUGCCGGAAGGCGGCUCCAGCUACACGUUCCUGAAAGUGAUGGGCCGGGCCAAGGCGAUGAGGUUGUUGUUGGGGAGUGAGCGCGUCAGCGCCAGAGAUAUGGCAGAGAAUGGUUUCGUGACGGAGGUGCUGCCGGCGGAGGGGUUCGUGGAGGCGGUGUGCGCGAAGGCGAAGACGAUAGCGGGCUAUCCCCAGGAAAGUGUCAGACUGGUGAAGGAGUUGUGUGCGAAGAGUCAAGAAGAGCUCGAUGCCGUCAGAAGCGCUAGUGAGAGGGAAAGGGUUGCUCUGCAGAGGGUGUUGAGUGGGGAUGCGGCGAAGAAGGCGAUGAGUGAUUUGGGAAGCGGAAGGGGAAGGGGAAGUUGUGAUCUGAGGUAA